ACCUUCUUCCCUCAUUGGAGCGAUCAUUGGCCGUGGUGGGGAGACCAUUAAGCGCUUCUGCACUGAGAGUGGUGCAAGAAUAGAGGUGUCCAAAGAUCAAAUUGACACCGCACAAGAAAGGGUGAUCUUCCUGUCUGGAGCAAAAGAAAAUGUGGAUCGAGCUGAAGCGAUGAUCAUGGACUUUAUCCGUGAGAGGGUGGCAAACAGAGCCAGAAACAGCGGAAAGGGCCAGGGUGACGGCCGUCGAGGACAAAGUGGACGUGGCAAAGCCGGCAAAAAGGGCAAAGCUUCGCCAGGUCUGGACAGAUUGGAGCCGAUGUCGUCGGAGUCCAAAAGCUGUGCAAAUCUGACGAGUCUUUUUUUGUUCAGGUCACAAGAUGCCACAAGUCUUCGCUAAUUGCUCAGAAUGAUCCAAGCUCAGGAUUCCUCUUGGAUCAACUUUCAGCGUGUAAAUCCAGAACAAAACGACUGCAUUGUGCAGCACUGCAGUUGAACACCCGCAUGCGCCCGCUGUUGGCGAUUGAAGAUUGUAAAUAUGCCAACUCCAUUGUACUUUUUUGGAUUAUGAGUACAAGUGCAGAAUGUUGAAUUGUCCUGCUGGACAGACCCCACUGACACUUGCUGGUCUAAAAGGUAAACUAGAAGAUGCGAAUGUUCUGCCCUUUAGUUGCCGCAUGCUUCAUGGGGUUCACGGCAUGCAAAAGCUGGCUCAAGAGUUGACCUCGGUUGACCUUUGAAGAAUUGUCGCUUGUUAAAAUUUGUAAAUCCCAACGAGUCGCACCAUGCUGCGUGGGCGCUUCGUCUCCCUAUUCCUACUGAGCGCUUUGCUGAGCCUUCAGUGCCUUGCAUCCCGUGUCGUCCAGUCCGAGAACUUCUUGGUGAGAGGAGACACGUUUUGGUACCACGAGGCGGAUGGUGCCAUGAAGGAGUUUCUCUUUAGGGACCUCGGCUGCUACUGCAAGCAGGUCGAGUCCUUGUCGGACUGCCCCGAGCACAAGCAGCUCCCUGACGCCGCUGUUGACGAGACGGUGCCGAGCUACUACCGCUUCUUCCAUGCCGACAAGGUCUCUGGAGACAAGAAGCCGCACAUGUGCUGCAAGCUCUCAUAUACUUCAAUCUUUGAUAUCAAGGGCUUCAAGUACAAGCGUCAAGACAUUGACCUUUGCACGCACGAUGUCCGGCCAGUACCUGAUGAUGUUUGCUGUCGCGUGCACUUUCCGGGCGAGGAGGCCAUUGGGCUUCGCCUGCGCCAAGUCUUGAGGCGUGCUGGACAAUACAUCGAUUACGACGAAGAGACGAGGGUCAUAAAAUCGAGGGAGUUCACCCUCGACCGACUCAGCUUUCACUUGGAGGACAUCGCCGACAGCCUGGACUACAACGGAACUGUGGUUAGUGCCGCUGCUGCCCGGGAGUUCGUGACGGCCAAUCGCCAGGAGAUCUAUGGAGGUCCUGAGUCCGAGUUAUACUGCAUGAGCAGAAGAGGGCUCAAAGAGGUGCUCGAGGACAAAGCUGAGUGCACGCUCCGAUCCCAUGUCGCCCAAGAGUGCUGCUGUCACGAGGCAGACUUGGAGGAGGCUGAACGCUGCCUGCCGCUGCCAGCCUCAUCCCGCUUAAUGGCAGGGCCAGUGGAAAUGAAUGGUAUCUACAGAGAGUCCAUCUCUGUCCACAAAUCAGCUGAUUCAGGUGAUUUGAAGACCGGCGAAAUCAGCUGGGCCAGUCCUGAGUAUCGCCUUGGUAAGGUGCCUUAUCGUGUCCAGAGUGUGGACCCUGAAGUGCCUGCAGGGCCUGAGGCCAUGACCUUUGAUUGGGAGAGCAUGUCGCAAUGGACAUGGGAGUGCGUGAACAAGAAGAAAGUUCCUUAUAUUGCUUCCCGGUGGGAGCAGGUUGAGGCCUCACUUCUAGAGUUCCCCCGUCACGCCCAGAGAACAGUACAAAGAAAUCAACAAAGGGCGCGGCAGAGAAGACAGCGUCAACAGCGCCAGAGAAGAGAGAAGAGGAGGAGAGCUGAACUGGCUCGACAGAGGGCUCAGCACAAGAAUGUGGCCCCGAGGAAGCAGACAUACAAGCGCAAAGUCUACUACCAGGACUAUGAGGAGCAAUGCAUCACUCGGAAAUACACCCGCUUGUGCCCGGCCGACCGAGCCAUGUACCGGAAGAUUAUACGCGGCGGGCGGUGCACCCAGGAACCCACAGACUCCAACCACGAUGUGGUGAAGCUGGUGGACAUUGGGGGCAUGCGCUUCAGGUGCCCCAAGCACUACAAAACUUCGAAACGUAUGCGGGAAGGCUAUGAUUAUGACCAGAGGUGUCGUUGCACCAGCAGGCGCUGCUAAAUGGCCGGAUCAAGACUGGCGGAGGAGUUGGUUUGAUCAGUGCAAACCACAGAUGCAUUUACUGAAGGUGCGCCGAAGCAGA